AUGGCGAGGAAUUUAUCUGUAAUCUUGAUUCUGACCCUCACCCUGUCAGUCACAAAUCCCCUCCACGAACUAGAACCAGCAACUGCUUUCCCUCAGACCACUGAGAAAAUUAUUACAAAUUGGGAAUCUGGCAUUAACAUUGACUUGGCAGUCACCACACGGCGACAUCAUCUACAGCAGCUUUUCCAUCGCUAUGGAGAAAAUAAUUCCUUGUCAGUUGAAGGAUUCAGGAAAUUGCUUCAGAAUAUAGGCAUAGAUAAGAUUAAAAAAAUCCAUAUACACCAUGACCACGACCAUCACUCUGACCAUGAUCACCAUUCUCACCGUAAUCAUGCUCCUUCCAAUAAAAAUAAUCGGAAAGCUCUUUGCCCAGACCAUGAGCCUGAUAGUUCGGGUAAAGAUCCCAGAAACAGCCAGGGAAAAGGAUCUCACCGAUCAGAACAUGCUAACAGUAGAAGGAAUGUUUUAAUCAAGGAUGGUGUCACGGCUAGUGAAGUGACCUCCACUAUGUAUAACACUGUCUCUGAAGGAACUCACUUUCUAGAGACAAUAGACACUCCAAAACCUGGAAAACUUUUCCCCAAAGAUGUGAGCAGUUCUACUCCACCCAGUAUCACAGAAAAAGGCCGGAUGAGCCAGCUGGCCAGUAGGAAAACAAAUGAAUCUGUUAGUGAGCCCAGAAAAGGCUUUAUGUAUUCCAGAAACACAAAUGAAAAUACUCAGGAGUGUUUCAAUGCGUCCAAGUUACUCACGUCUCAUGGCAUGGGCAUCCGGGUUCUGCUGAAUGCAACAGAGUUCAACUAUCUCUGCCCAGCCAUCAUCAAUCAAAUUGACGCUAGAUCGUGUCUAAUUCAUACAACGAGUGAAAAGAAAGCUGAAAUCCCUCCAAAGACCUAUUCUUUACAAAUAGCCUGGGUUGGUGGCUUUAUAGCCAUUUCCAUCAUCAGUUUCCUGUCCUUGCUGGGCGUUAUCUUAGUGCCUCUCAUGAAUCGGGUGUUUUUCAAGUUUCUCCUAAGUUUCCUUGUGGCACUGGCUGUCGGGACAUUGAGUGGUGAUGCUUUUUUACACCUCCUCCCACAUUCUCACGCAAGUCACCAGCACAGUCACAGCCAUGAAGAACCAGCAAUGGAAGCGAAGAGAGGGCCACUUUUCAGUCAUCUGUCUUCUGAAAACAUAGAAGAAAGUACCUAUUUUGAUUCCACGUGGAAGGGUCUGACAGCUCUGGGUGGCUUGUAUUUCAUGUUUCUCGUCGAACAUGUGCUCACAUUGAUCAAGCAAUUUAAAGAUAAGAAGAAAAAGAAUCAGAAAAAACCUGAAAAUGAUGAUGAUGUGGAGAUUAAGAAGCAGCUGUCCAAGUAUGAAUCUCAACUUUCAACAAAUGAGGAGAAAGUAGAUGCAGACGAUCGACCUGAAGGCUAUUUACGAGCAGACUCACAGGAGCCUUCCCACUUUGAUUCUCAACAGCCAGCAAUCUUGGAAGAAGAAGAGGUCAUGAUAGCUCAUGCUCAUCCGCAAGAAGUCUAUAAUGAAUAUGUACCCCGAGGGUGCAAGAAUAAAUGCCAUUCGCAUUUCCAUGAUACCCUCGGCCAAUCAGACGAUCUCAUUCACCAUCAUCAUGACUAUCAUCAUAUCCUCCACCACCACCACCACCAAAACCACCACCCCCACAGCCACAGUCAGCGCUACUCUCGGGAGGAGCUGAAAGACGCCGGCAUCGCCACAUUGGCCUGGAUGGUGAUAAUGGGCGACGGCCUGCACAAUUUCAGCGAUGGCCUGGCAAUUGGGGCUGCUUUUACUGAAGGUUUAUCAAGUGGUUUAAGUACUUCUGUUGCUGUGUUUUGUCACGAGUUGCCACAUGAAUUAGGUGACUUUGCUGUUUUACUAAAGGCUGGCAUGACUGUUAAGCAGGCUGUUCUUUAUAAUGCUCUGUCAGCCAUGCUGGCAUAUCUUGGAAUGGCAACGGGAAUCUUCAUUGGUCAUUAUGCUGAAAAUGUUUCUAUGUGGAUAUUUGCACUUACUGCUGGCUUAUUCAUGUAUGUUGCUCUGGUUGAUAUGGUACCUGAGAUGCUGCACAAUGAUGCUAGUGACCAUGGAUGUAGCCGCUGGGGAUAUUUCUUUUUACAGAAUGCUGGAAUACUUUUGGGUUUUGGAAUUAUGUUGCUUAUUUCCAUAUUUGAACAUAAAAUUGUGUUUCGUAUAAAUUUCUAAUUAGGGUGUAAAUUCUAGAGUAGCUUAAAAAAUAUAGCUGUCUGUAGUU